AUGUUAUUUGCUAAAAUGGUCUUCUUCUUCUUCUUCUUCUUCUUCUUCUUCUUCUUCUUCUUCUUCUUCUUCUUCUUCUUCUCCUCCUCCUCCUCCUCCUCCUCAUCAUCAUCAUCAUCAUCAUCAUCAUCACAACCACCAUCAUCAUCAUCAUUAUUAUUAUUACUUCCUUUGAUUUCCGUUCUGGGUUACAUAAGUCCGGUGAGCAUUCUAAUAUCUAUCUAUCUAUCUAUCUAUCUAUCUAUCUAUCUAUCUAUCUAUCUAUCUAUUUCCUAUUCUAUUCAUCUUAUUCCUUCAUAUUCCAUAUUGUUCAUAUGUCUCUUCUGGUUUAUCUAUCUAUCUAUCUAUCUAUCUAUGUAUUCCAUAUUGUUCAUAUCUAUCUUCUUUAUCUAUCUAUCUAUAUAUCUAUCUAUCUAUCUAUCUAUCUAUAUAUAUAUAUAUAUAUAUAUCUUCUACUUCAUCUAUCUAUCUAUAUAUAUAUAUAUCUUCUACUUCAUCUAUCUAUCUAUCUAUGUAUUCCAUAUUGUUCAUAUGUCUCUUCAGGUUUAUCUAUCUAUCUAUCUAUCUAUCUAUCUAUCUAUCUAUCUAUCUAUCUAUCUAUGUAUUCCAUAUUGUUCAUAUGUCUCUUCAGGUUUAUCUAUCUAUCUAUCUAUCUAUGUAUUCCAUAUUGUUCAUAUGUCUCUUCAGGUUUAUCUAUCUAUCUAUGUAUUCCAUAUUGUUCAUAUGUCUCUUCAGGUUUAUCUAUCUAUCUAUCUAUCUAUCUAUGUAUUCCAUAUUGUUCAUAUGUCUCUUCAGGUUUAUCUAUCUAUCUAUCUAUCUAUCUAUGUAUUCCAUAUUGUUCAUAUGUCUCUUCAGGUUUAUCUAUCUAUCUAUCUAUCUAUGUAUUCCAUAUUGUUCAUAUGUCUCUUCAGGUUUAUCUAUCUAUCUAUAUCUUCUACUUCAUCUAUCUAUCUAUCUAUCUAUCUUAGUUCCUUCAUUAUCUAUCUAUAUUGUUCAUAUGUCUCUUCUGAUCUAUCUAUCUAUCUAUCUGUCUAUCUAUCUAUCUCUAUCUAUCUAUCUGUCUUUCUUUUUUUUCUUUCUUCUUCUUUUUCUCUGUUUAUUAUUAUUAUUAUUUUUAUUAUUAAUAAUAAUAAUAAUAAUUUCUUCUCUAUUAAAUGUUUUCUUGUUAACUUUCUUCUUUUAUUCCGUUUUCGCCUUCCUUCUUCUCUAAUCCCCCUCCUCCUCCUUCUUUUUCUUCUUCUUCUUCUUUUUCUUCUUCUUCUUCUUCUUCUUCUUCUUUUUUCUUUGUGUCCGUCUUCGUUUUUUCUAUUUCUUUUUCCGCCUCUUCUUUGA